AUGGCAUCGGUACUAAGACCAGUGGCGGCGCGCAUCACGCUGCGCAGACCUGUCGCGGUCUCGUGCGCAGCCUCCAAAACGACACUCCUCCCCAAGACGACAACAUUACCAACGCGUCGAACAUUUCUCACGACAACGUCACUGCUUUCGCAAAAAAAACCGGCCGAGUACUCCAAGCUCUGGGACAGCGCGGACCGCGCCGUGGCCGACGUCAAGAGCGGUUCCACGAUUCUCAGCGCCGGCUUCGGGCUCUGCGGCGUCGCAGAAACACUCAUCGAAGCACUCCACCGAAGAGGCAAGGACUCGCUACAUUCCCUCGCCGCCGUGUCCAACAAUGCCGGCAUCGAAGGCAAAGGCGGCUUGUCGCUACUCAUCGGCAAUGGCCAGAUCAACAAGCUGACGCUGUCCUAUCUCGGCAACAACAAGACGCUGGAAAGGGGCUACCUAAACGGCGACUUUGCCGUCGAGCUGUGCCCCCAAGGCUCGCUGGCAGAGCGCAUCCGGGCUGCCGGCGCCGGUAUCCCCGCCUUCUUUACCCCAACUGGUGCUCACACUUUGGUGCAAGACGGCGAGAUUCCAGUGCGGCUCAGCCCCGACGGCAAGACGCUCGAGCGCGGCACCAAGCGCGAGACGCGCGAGUUCAACGGCAAGACGUUUCUCAUGGAAACUUCACUUCCUGGUGACGUGGCCAUUCUGCGCGCUUACAAGGCCGACAAGGCCGGCAACUGCGUCUUUCGCUACACGACAAAAGCCUACGGCGUUCUCAUGGCCAAGGCCGCCAAGCUCACCAUUGUCGAAGCCGAAAACAUUGUUGAGAUUGGCGCCAUUGGCCCCGACGAGGUCGAUCUCCCCGGCAUCUUUGUCGACCGCGUCGUGCCGGCCACUGCCGAAAAAAAGAUUGAGAUUCUCAAGAUUCGCGAGCCCUCGGCGAGCGACAACAGCGACAAUAACAACAACAACAACAACAACAACGGCGCCGAGGAUCGGCCGUCGCAAAACCAACACCAAGCACGUCGCGAGCGCAUCGGCAAGCGCGCCUCGCAGGAGCUGCAGGAGGGCUUCUACGUCAACCUCGGCGUCGGCAUCCCCACGCUCGCGGCCAAUUAUAUACCGCCGGGCCGCACCGUCUGGUUGCAGAGCGAAAACGGCAUGCUCGGCAUGGGGCCCUACCCGACCAAAGACCAAGUCGACCCUGACGUUGUCAACGCGGGCAAGGAAACCGUCACCAUGGUGCCCGGCGCCUCGUGCUUUGACUCUUCCGAGUCUUUUGGUAUGAUUCGCGGGGGCCACGUCAAUGUUUCGAUUCUCGGGGCUCUGCAGGUCAGCGCGACGGGCGACCUCGCCAACUACAUGAUCCCGGGCAAGGUCUUCAAGGGCAUGGGCGGCGCCAUGGAUCUCGUCGCCAACCCGGACAAUACCAAGAUUGUCGUCGCGACCGAACACGUAGCCCGGGACGGCUCCCCCAAGAUUGUGCAGGACUGCAGUCUGCCGCUCACCGGCGCGCGCUGCGUCAGCACCAUUAUUACCGAUCUUUGCGUUUUUCAAGUAGAUCGCAAGGCGGGGGGUCUAACGUUGACCGAGCUGGCUCCUGGUGUGACGGUCGAGGAGAUUGAGAGCAAGACGGACGCGAAAUUCACCGUGGCCAAGAACUUGAAAGAGAUGGAGUAG